CGUUUUUUGACGAGCGCGUCCUGGAUCUUGACGGUCCAAUUUUGCAGCGGGAGCCCGCGGGAGCCCGCGUCAAAAGUUCAGAUUAGGUCUUUCCGUAGCCAUUCUGGCUCAAGAUGUUGGCUCAAGAAGACUCGAGGGUUUGAUCCAUACAAUUUUCGCGUGCGAAGGUGCAGCGGUCCUGUCCGAGCUAUCCAACUGCGCUGGCCGCCCGCGGGCUUGUCAUGUGUGGCGCGGUGCUCUGUGCUGCGUUCUCGGCGUUACGCCAUGGCGUCUUUGCCACAUCCAUCUUUCUGGGCGGAGCAGGUCUUCGCAUCGAUAUCGGCACGUUCCCGCUUUCGCUUUGCGUUCUCGGCUACUUCGUCGAUUCCCGCUAUUGGAAGGGCAUGGAAAAAGUCACAAAAGCGAACAUAUUGACAAUAUGUUUGAUCGGCAAGGCGAUUUUCGAAGGUAGGCGCGAAGCCUGGCGCGCAGUCUCCGCCGAGGAACCUGCAUCGUGUAAGAAUUUAGAUGUUGUUGAUGACAGCCGCGAGGAUUCAUGGGAUCAGCUUGGAUAUGGAAGACGCCGAUCGAAGUCCGCCGACAUGUACAUUAUCAAGCGCGCGCAGAGAGAUGGCGUGACCCACGAACUCCCGAGCAUGCUGACAGUGGUGCAUGCCUCCAUCAGACUUAAACACGGAGAAGAGAAGCAGCCGUGACGUUGUUCGACCAGAUGUUGGAAAAGGGGGUUGUUCCUGGUGCACACCUCAUUCACAAGGCCGUGUCAAACCGUUUCUUCGAGCUCGUCGCUGAAACUCUCGAUGACAAACGCAUUCAAAUAGACGGAUUGCGGCUUCUUGAUUUAGUUCGAGCUCAUGAGAUCAACGCGUCGUAUAAUUUGCAGAACCGCUUGCUGGCUGCUUGGAAGGGUCGUCAGCUUCCAGGGACUGUCGUGGAAUAUCUCGUGGAGAUGAAGCACGCAGGUGUCAGCCUCAGCAAAUGGGCAUAUCGUUCCAUUGUCGUGGCCUGCGAGCGUUCCGAUCCAGAAUUUGCUUUGACGGUUUGCAAUGAGAUGGAGGGAUCAGGCAUUCAGCUCUACCGGGAGGCGUACAAUGCGGCGUUAGGUAUUCGUCUUCAGCUUGGCAUGCACAACGCAGCUCAUGAGUUGUUCAUGAAGAGGGUUGACCAUGCGGUGGCUCCUAACUCAAGAACGUAUAGCAUCAUGAUCAGGGUGUAUUCGUUCAGCGGCCAGCACGAGAAAACAAUUGCCAUCUUCGAGACGAUGCGGGGACACCCGUUCGAGCCCGACCACAUCGACUACCAUCAUGCAAUCCGUUCCUGCAUUAUGAUCCAGCGCGUUGAAUACGCCGUGAAACUGUACAGGGACGCGAGUCAGGCGAAGUUGCCCUUACCCGCGAGCACGUACGUCAUUCUGAGCCGUGCGUGCGAACGAGUUGGCUGGAAGUCUUUGGCAAACAAGUUCGAAAUGGAGUGAAACACCAGCAAACAGUGCGUGCGAGGGAGGUAGAGGCCGCGUGUAAAUUUCCAGCGUAGCAUGACGUCAAAGGUGCUGUAGCAAACGAGCGGUCCAGGUAAGACGCAGCGAGGUGUUCUUUGACAUCAAGCAUGGCGGCAUGGCUGCCGCCAGUCCCUCGGAAUUCUGUAGUUGUCGUUCGCUCCAUGCACAUAUAUUAUCGUGCCUCCGCGCUUUUGGGGCCGCGUGGUUCGAUAGGGCAUGCCGUCUACUGUCUGCGCGAGGCUGCUACGCAGUCGUUUUCCAAAAAUCGUGCAGAGUGUGCAAGGAUUGUUUAUAGUUGUUGUGUGUGGGAGGCCCGAUGUGUGGCG